ACGAGUGAGUGGUACUCAUUGCAAAGAUGAUGUAAAUAAAAACAUGGCGAGCAACGCAACCGAAGAAAAUGCCAGCGAGAACGAGAAUAAAAGCGAGCCAACCCCGUCCUCGAGUCAAAACGAAAACAAUGAACCCAAUAAUCCAAAUUUUGAAUGUAAUAUCUGUCUAGAUACGGCGAAAGAAGCUGUAGUUAGCAUGUGUGGCCACCUAUUUUGGUAAGAAAAAAAAUGCCUGUUAUAAAUUACCUUUUUAAAUACAGCACAGCAAUAGUUGUUUUAUAUUUAUAUUCAAAAGCUUUCGUACAUUUUUUGGAUUAAGUAAUUUUUAAGCACAACGUUUAUAUAUAUAAUAUUAAGUACAAAACUAAAAUUAAUAAAUACAAUUUAACAAAAAUAAAAAAAAAUGCACAUAUAAAAUUUAAAGUACAUCCAGAUGUUAAUUAUACAUUCAAAAGGAGAAAAUGUCAAACAGAUGUGAGAUACAAUUUCCAUAUAUAAAACAAUGAUUCUUGGCAUGCAACUCUUAAAUAAGAACAGAUCAAAGGAGAUAUAAUCCUAAUAUAUGCAUGAGAAUAUUUAUUUGUGUUCACUUGUUGAAAUAUGAACCAUGAACUGUACAUAAUUAUGCCUUUUCUGUUUCAGUUGGCCUUGUCUUUCCAGGGUAAGUAAUAUUAAUUGCUUUGUCUUAUUAAUUUGUUUGUCAACAUACUGUGUCCUGAAUGUGGGCCCUAGGUUCGAUUCCAAAAUUGAUUUCCAAAAUUUCCAAAAUUAUAAUUUUGGAUGGGGGAGUUCCCAAUGUCUUUGCCAACUCGAGGCUAUACAAGCUAUUUAGUGGCUCUCUCCUCUGCAGAGGCGAUUGGAAUAGGAUUACAUGAAGUUUCGAUUGGGGAGAUUUUCGCUUACAUGAAGAACUUCAUGUAAGAUUCAUGUAAGCGUAUUCCAAUCGCAUCUGCGGAGAAAAGAGAUCUAGUGGUCAGUUUUCAGUGUAGUCAACAAGUAAAAUCGUCUGGGGUUAGACAGAGUGGUAUGUGAAAUAAAGUAGGGUGCAUUAAGGCACAAUGCAACUUAAUGGGUUAAAACAUCUUCUUGUUGUCAUGAUACACAUUCACAUUCUUUUAGUGGUUGGAGACAAGACCAAACAGAUCUGCAUGCCCUGUAUGCAAAGCAGGCAUCAGCCGUGACAAGGUGAUUCCCCUCUAUGGCCGAGGAAGUGGUGACCAAACAGAUCCCCGAGAUAAAACCCCACCUAGACCACAAGGACAGAGAUCUGAGCCAGAAAAUAAUGGAGUAAGAUGAGUGGUUUUUGUUUCUUUUGUUCAACACCUUCCCUGAAUGUGUUUACUUUUUUUGCCUGUUCCAUCUUUUAUGUUUCAAUCACAUACUGUACCAGAAUUGUUACUUAACACAAAUUAUUUUUUUACUUUUUAGAUGUUUCCUGGAUUGGACAUGGGUGGUGGUUGGCAUGUAUCAUUUGGUAUCGGAGCAUUUCCUUUUAUGUUCUUUGCUAAUGUAAGUGUGAAAUACCAUAUAGUGAAGAUUACUUUUAUAUUUGUAGUUUACAUUAUACAGUGUAACAUCUUGUUAAUCCAUUAAGUUGCAUUACACCUCACUUUGUUAUUUUACUAUGGCUAAUGCAGACGAUUUUACUCAUCAAGAAGGGAGCGCUGAUGAUGCCCAUGCAUCCUGUUAACCUGUAGCAAAGUGCCCUGAUGCAUUUACAAUACUUUAAUUAUUAUGGGUGCAAUGUACCCAAUUGCUCCCAACUUUAUUAGUUUGCUCCCUAAUGCCAUGCAAUUUUACUUGUCAAAGGUCUUGCACACUACAGUAAUGGGUUAAAAUCAAUUUCUUAUACUAUUUAAUUUCAGAAUGUUGCUGGAUUUGGGCAGGGUAAGUGUGAUUUAAUUGAAUAUUUUAUUGUUUAAAUGCAAAUAGUAAACAAAAUGUGAGCUUGGGCAGAAACGUCUUUUCAGAUAUAUGCAUUUUAAGACACACAUUCUUUCUCAAGAAUUAUCCAAAUAUUACAGUAUUACACAUACAUAUAGACUUUCCAAUCUCGUUCCCCAAGCCUGCGAUCCUCGGGAAGGAACGCGAGGCUCUAGGAUAAUCCGUUGCCGGAAGCCUGGAAUCCUGGCUAAGAUUGAACUGCGCAUUCCAUAUCAACGGUCAAUCAGAUUCCUCCCUGAAACGGAUUAUCCCAGAGCCUCACGUUCCUUCCCGAGGAUCGCAGGCUCGGGAACGAGAUUGUAGACUUUCCCACAGUCCUUUCCCGGUACAUACUAAAACUCGCAUUUGGUGCAAGUGACUGUGACUAACCUUUCUCUAUGCUUUAGCCCCAGCCCCUGGAUCACCGCAAGCAGCACAAGAACAAUUUCUUUCCAAAGUAUUUCUGUGGGUGGCAUUGAUUUUCAUCUUUUGGCUUUUCAUUGCCUGAUUGGAGGUUCCUGCCAAACCUGAUGGAAUCCUAAACUCAUUGGAGGUUUAAGAAUGUAGAUAGCCAUUGAAAGAAACUUGUGUGUUUGCAUGGUUACAUAACUACAGUACGAUUGUUUUGUGUAUCAUGGAAACACCAUCGAAAAUUCCUGUGGUAAACGCUAUUUUAAACUUCCAUUAAACGCUAUUACGAAAGUCGCCGAACUGUGGAAUCGCAUAAAAAAAUUUGUAUAUCGGCCAUUCCCACAAACGUCUACAACCGCACCUACAUAGUUUUGCAUGUUUACACUUCUAAUUUUGAACAGCCAAUCAGGUUCUUGGUAACAAUUACAAUUAAAUGUUGAUUGGCUGUUUAAAAUUAGAAUUGUAAACAUGCAAAAAUAUGUAGGUGGGAGUGGUCGAUAUACGAAUUUUUGAUGUGAUUCCACAGUUUGGUGACUUUCGUAAUAUAUAGUUUCAUAUUAAUCUGACACUGCAAUCGAGCAACGAAAAAUUCGUUGGCUCGAGCGGGAUUUGAACUCGCAUCUUCGGGUAUCUAGACCGCCGCUCUACCUAUUGAGCUAUCGAGUCAACGGGGAUUGGUAGCGAGUCUUAUCCAAUUUAAGUGCACGAAAUAUUUUCGUGACGACUUAACGCUUGUCUUUGAGGACGCGCAGUGUUUCAAUUCUAUUUCAGAACCAUCCUCAGAGAUGAAUGUUUUAGUUGAAUUAAUGAAUUAGUUGAAUGACAUUCUGCAGAAUAACACGAUUCAUUUUAUUUAACUCAAAAAUCAUGUAUAAUAAAUUAUAAUUGUAAUAUAACGCAGUGUAAAGCAUAGUCUGAGAAUAUCGUAAUUAAAAUUUGUGUUUAAGAAACUUAUCGUCCCUGCAUUAGACAACUUGCAUGUUAGACAAAUUUUUCAUCUAACCGAUCUAGGCAAAAAAAAAGUAAAUUCCCGUUAAGAACUUAUUAAAAUUAGUAAACUUGCAAAAUUUGGUUGCGAAAUGUUGUAAAGCUUGGAAAAUAUAGCCUUGCAAAGUUUGCAUAUUUUCAGUAUAUUUGUAUUACGUGCGGAAAUUGUUACCAUUUUUGAGCCGAAAAUGGUAACAAUUUCCGCUCGUAAUACAAAUAUAUUGAAAAUAUGCAAACUUUGCAAGGCUAUAUUUUCCAAGCUUUACAACAUUUCGCAGCCAAAUUUUGCACUUUUACUAAUUUCAGUAUGUUCUUUUUACCUGUGGUGUUUGAUUCCCUUUUCUAUGCUUAGAUUAAAAUUUAGUCUAACAUGCAAGUUGUCCAUUGAGCUCAACUUGUACAAUCAAAAACGUUUUGCUAAAACUAUUCAGAGUUGCAAAAUGAGGGUACCACCCAUGACAGGGUGUCUAAAAAUUAAGUGACCUUUAGAAAUUCACCUUCUUGUUAUAAUUUGAGUAUACCUAUACCAUAAUACAAAUACCUAUAGGCUAUACCAUAUUCUAUCGAAGGGAAGAUGGCUGUGAAACUCAUUAGAAUAACAAUAUAUAGAGGAUAUUACACGGCGGUGCGAAGAUGACUUUUAUCUUCGAGUGGUGAAAACAAUAUUUUACGAACGAGCGCAGCGAGUGAGAAAAUAUUGUUUUUAACACGAGAAGAUAAAAGUGAUAUCUUCAAGUCGCCGUGUAAUGUUCUGUUUAUUAUAUAGUCCCAAGCAAACAAUUGUGAAAUUUCACGCUCAAAAGCAAAAUGUCAAAUUGUCACAUGAUCAAUAUCUUCACUAGUGAAGAUAUGGAAAAUAUCUCACUGUGUAUUUUUGAGUAUCUCACUCUCUACUAUAUAAUAAAAUUUAUUAUCUAUGUUAGUCAACGUUUAUUCAUAGAUAUGGUUCUUCACCGUCACGUGCGUAUUGUAUUUUUGCCCAACUAACCAAUAGCAAUGUUUUAGGAAAGUUACCUAUCCAUUACUCGAACAAUAGGGAAAUUGUUAUUGGUGGAUUUGGCAAAAAUACAAUACACGCAUGACGGUGAAAGACCAGAUUUAUGAAUACACGUUGACUAACAUAGAUGAGUUAUGUUGUUAUUCUAUGAAUAAGUUUCACAGCCAUCUUCCCUUCGAUUGGCUAUGGUGUGAUAUAAUUUAUAUAUUUUACAAUUUAAAAAAAUGUGAAAACUUGAAAUUUAAACCCGUAGCCGUAGGAAGGUUGAACACUCUGAUUUCACAAGCAAGCAUGCAAAAUCUUGAAAAUAUUGCCAGCUUUUUUACGAUCAUUUCAAGUAUAAAUAUGAUUAAUACUUGUACUUUUUAAACCAUAUUACAUCAUUUUUAACCUGAAAAGUAGACCUGAACCCAAAAUAAACAAUAUCCAGUAUCCGACCCCGGCUGGAUAUAAUGAAAUUAUCUCGCUAUCCAGUCGGAUAUGAUACCCUUGCAUCCUUAAAAAUGUCCGACGUACGACAGUUAUUUAAAGCUCUGACAUUCGAUCCACAAUUUUUAGCUGCUUUUCAAUGGUUGGCUGUCCAAAAGUCGCCUCUUUCAAGCGGCCGUCUAAUUCUUAGACUUGCUCCAAGUCUCUCUUUCAUUGUCAUAUCGAUCCACUAUAGUGUACAUUACAUGACGUAGCACGGAGAGGCGGAGCGAGAAAGAGAGACUUGUCAACUUCGGAAAAUCUCGGUUCAAAACUGAACCGAAAAUACAAGACUUGCUUAAUUGUUUUCCUUCAAUUUCUUUCUGUAUUAUUUACUAUAAUGGAACUCACGUUAUUUACACUGUGCUAGAUCAAUGCAUAUAAACACUGACAGAAUACAAUUAAAGCAAGUCUUGCAUUUUCGGUUCAGUUUUGAACCGAGAUUUUCCGAAGUUGACAAGUCUCUCGCUCCGCCCCUCCGUACUACGUCAUGUAAUAUACAUUAUAGUGGAUCGAUACUAUAUGACGAUGAAAGAGAGACUUGGAGCACGUCUAUCCAAUUCUACGAUGUAGAUGCUCAUCUAUAAGCAUAACACAGAUGGACGACAGGAUGGCAAAGACCGUGACCUUACCCUCUCUCCACUCAACUCCAGAGUGCACACGUAUACUACUAUCGAAUUACUAUACGUUUUACCCCACUACGUUUUUUCUGUCGAUCUUGUCUCGCUUCUUUGAACCAUAGAUAGGCCGGGAGGAUAUUGAGAAACAAACACAACACUAGAAGACCCACAUUUACCUAAAA